AUGUUUUCCUUUUCUGAGAAGAACAUGAGCACUGUGAAAGAAUUUAAUCUUUUAGGUUUCGCUUUGCCUUCCAGUGUGGUUGCAGUGAUAUUUUUUGUAAUCCUGCUUUCAUACUUACUGACAAUGACAGGGAAUGUUAUAAUUCUUAUUUUGUAUCUCAUUUACCAGAAGAUCCAUAGUCCUAUGUAUUUUUUCAUUUGUAAUUUAGCCAUUAUGGACAUAUGCUACACAAAUAUAAUUGUACCUAAUCUAUUAAGUGGCUUAUUGACAAACAAUAAGACUAUUACUGUUGUUGGAUGUCUAACACAAUGUUUUUUAUAUUUUUUGGUGGGAACAUUUGAAUUCUUUCUCCUUUCUGUAAUGUCUUUUGACAGGUAUUUAGCUAUAUGUCACCCAUUACGUUAUUCAGUUAUAAUGAAUAAUAGAAUGUGCAUGCAGCUUGUAAUUACGUCAUGGAUUGGGUCAUUUUUCACGAUAUUUAUUCCAACAAUAUUAAUUUUGAGACUCUCAUUCUGUUUUCGUGAGAUAAAUCAUUUCUUUUGUGAUGUUGGACCCCUCUUAAGAAAUUCCUGUACGGAUACUACUUCACUCCAACUUUUGUCUUUUAUAAUUUCAACUAUAUUAUUUCUAUUUCUUAUGGUUGCUAUUGCGUCAUAUGCUAAAAUUGUCAGAACAAUAUUUAAAAUCCGCUCCAAAUCUGGAAGACAACGUGCUUUCUCAACAUGUUUUUCACAUGGAAUUGUAGUUACUCUCUUUUUUGGGAGCUGUAUGUUUAUGUAUGUGAAACCAGUAAAUAAUCAAGUAUCAGAUUAUGACAAAAGGGUCGCUGUCUUAAACACGAUAGUGACACCUUUGCUAAACCCUUACAUUUAUUCUUUGAGGAACCAAGUGGUAAAGGAUAUGCUUAAAUGUGCAACAGGAAAACAGUAA